GGAACCGACUGAUAGCAGGUAGACUUUGCCCUGAAGGGGAACCAACACUACAGGAAGAGAGCAGCAGCAGAGCAGAUUCCUGGCCGUGACAGCAGAGAUCUGCUAACUUUUGGUGGAAUGGACCAGACUAAUGGCAGCAGCAAUGAUGGUUAUGGACCUCGUCCCCCUCCGUACAAUCAUCAGGACUAUGGACAGAAUUCUUACACAGGGAUGAGCUAUCAGGUAGGGAAGGGGAACGUUGCAGUGGUCUCCCCUCCUGGAACCUAUGACAACAUGGUCCAUCCUAACGGCAUGGCCGCAGCUGGAGGUGACCAGCAGUAUGGUGAAGCUCCACCUGACUACUCUCAUAGCUUAGAAGAUAGCAGCUUCAGUGAUGCUGCCAUACGAAGAGGUUUCAUAAGGAAAGUCUACUUGACCUUGAUGAUUCAGCUGCUGGUGACAGUCGGGAUCAUCUGUGCUUUUCUUUACUGGGACACACUCAGGAAAUGGACAUGGGCCAACUACUGGUUCUCCUACACCAUGAUGGCGGUGGUGAUGGUGCUCAUCGUGGCCUUGUCCUGCUGUGGCAACCUCCGUCGUCAAGUCCCUCUCAAUUUCAUCGCCCUGGGCCUGUUUACUGUGGCAGAGGGCCUGAUGCUUGGAUCUGUGGCAGUGUACUUUGAUGCCGAAGCAGUUCUGUGGGCUGUGGGGGCAACAGCGCUCGUGUCCUUCACCAUGACUCUGUUUGCUAUGCAGUCAAAAUGGGACUUCACCGCAGCAAGUGGGAGCCUGUGGGUGUUUGCCUGGACCCUCUUUUCGUUUGCAUUGCUUUGUGCAAUCCUGCGAUCGCAGUAUGUUUACAUCGUAUACGCCUGCCUGGGAACUUUGCUGUUUUCUUUAUACUUGGUUUUUGAUACCCAGCUUAUCCUGGGUGGGAAACACAGGAAGUAUGAAGUCUCUCCUGAAGAGUAUGUGUUUGCUGCUCUCACGCUCUAUUUGGACAUCGUCUCCCUGUUCCUCCUCCUGCUGCAGCUCAUUGGCCUCUGCCGCUAACACUGAACCUCCAUAACAGGCCUCCCCAAAGAAACACUGAAACUCUUCUGACACACAAUAUCAAAUUGUUAAAUGCAUCAUGUAUCUAAAAUCAUAUGGAAUGAAUACUCACACUGUUAGUCCUACAGACAUCUGCUAUCAUAUUUAAAUAGGCAGGGGUGUCUGUGAUGUGUCCAGGAUUGUUUUAUUGUCAUGUGUCAGGGUUAAUGUUAUUAUGCACGGCAACAUACUGUGUACAAAAUGUGUGCUACAUUUAAGAUUUGUAUACUGCGCUAGCUUGUAUUUCCACCUAGAACUUUCAUGUGGUUGAUACUUAUUUAAAUGAAUAUGGUGCUUGAGCUUUAAUUUAAUAUUUUCAGUGUUCUGUAGCAAGAAACCUUAAGGCAAAUAGAAAGAACCUAAACAAUUCAGCCACUCAACUAGUAAUUUACAGUAAUAUUAUCAUAAGUCAAAGUAGUUCAGCCAUCCUGUGAUCUGUGCCGCAUUUACAAAAGUCUUGCUGUACCAAAUUGUGUCAUUUGUCCUGAAGUUUAAAUGAAGCUUAAAGAUGCUUUUGGAAAACCAGAUUUCAGAAACCAAACUAACUCCAUUAAAGGACAGAAUCUGUCAGCCUUAACACUCCCAUGAAACCAGGUGGGUGAUGAAUGUAGGUAUCUCAAUGACCAAUGAAAACACACAUUAAAACUCAACACAGUUUAUUGGCAUCACACAUCAAACAUUUGUCAUAUAAAGAGGGAAUGUAUCAAGUAUAGACUAUGAAAGUGCAAACAGCAUUUCAAGGAUUAGUUGCUUUACAAUAGAAAAUCUCAAUGAGUUACAAAAUGUUAUAUGCCAUUUUAAAAUAAAUCACCUGCACAUCAGAGGUGAAAUACAAAGGAAGUACAAAUUCCAUUUAGAUUUCUACCCAUUUCAUGCACAGCAUAAUGUUACACAAAAAGGGCAACAUAUGUUAUCUCCUCUGUUUAACCCACUUACAUUAACCAAGUCCAACA